AUGUUUGGAGGUUCGAGGCGCCACCGGCAGGCCAGCCAGCCGUUAACCGCCGCAACUGCGAACCCGAACGCCGCUACCGCCGCUGCCUCAGCGUUCGCGCGACGCACAUCCAGUUCUUCCCUCUCGUCCGCUGCUGCCGCCGCCGCAUUACGGUCGCGGCCUACAACGCCCAUCAAUGUGGCCGAAGUACAGACGAAGCGUACACAAAAACGCAGCACAUCAGUGUCGUCACAUGGGAGCCAGGACACGCGACGAGGGCUACAGAGAUCCCCUAGUCAGAGCUCCAUGACCGAGCGAACGUUUCGCUCGCCGUCUCCGCACCGGACCCCGAUGACCCAUGAGGAUGCGCCGCCAGUCCCGACUAUCCCGGACGACAUGCGAUCUAUCACGAGCCAGAGCUCCUCUCACAAGAGAGCGACUAGCCUGCAGAUGCAGCCGUUCCGCGUCGCCAGUCAAAAGAACAAGGAGGGUGCCGGAUCAUGGUUUGGGGCCGCAGCCGAGGGCAAUUUGGCCAACGUCAGGAAGUCAGAUGCCCCAGUGCGCGUUACCUCUCCAGAGUCUCGCCCGGGAGCUGUAAGCCCAACUUCUUCUAUAAACUUUUCAUACCCGAGGAUGCCCGGCGCAUCGCCCCCGGCAUCACCAACCGUCGAGAGCAUGACAAUGACAGUUAGCCAGCGACUUGCCUCGCCCCGCCGAACAGAGUCGGUGAAUUCGCGAACGACGACGACCUCGGACCAAUCGCUUGUCUAUGACCCAAAUUCCAGGAGAAUGGUACCAAAGGUGGACCUGCUGGUAAGGGAGCAGAACGUUCGGGACGCUGCUGAAAAACCCGUCAAGAAGUCAAAGCAGCAGCAAGGUUUGGCAAGGAGCGGUUCUCACCUGGCCAAAGGUACCGUUGGUAGAGUACAGGGUUCUGCGAUCGCAUCUGAGGACGCCCCGUCUGUAAUUACGCCAAGGCAACAGCCGCAAGUUCGAGCUAUUACCGGCGCGCCCGAGCAAAAGACUUUGCAGAAUCAAUCGCAGAUCAAGGAAACUGCGCAGCCGGUCUCACUGUCAAGGCAGACACCGGAGCCUGCGCCGGCACUCGUACAGGAACCAGCUCGUUCACAUCCUGUAACUAACAGACUUUCCACAACUGUCGACACUGAGCCAGCUCAUCAACAGCCUGCUAGCAUUCCUGAAGCCGAGCAGCCGGUCGUCCGGGAUGUACGAAAAAGCGACGGGGCCACGAUUAUGCCGCACUCGGAACCUCGCCAAGGCGCCCCUAUUCUGGGAAGGAAACCAUCCACGGUGCGGGAAGAAUCCGAGGAUGAGUUGGCAAGCUCAGGCGAUGAGGCAGAACCCAUUGAACAAUCGGCUGCGCAUAGUGAUGUUGUUGAUGUUCUCGAAGCAGUACCCCUGAGGUUGUCGGCGCCUCCCAAACAGCCAUCCUUAUCGUCCGAAAGCACGGCUGUCGAGUCUCCAGUAAAUGUGUCAUCCCAAAGGCAAUCAAGUCCGCCGCACUUGAAGCAGCCCGGCAGCGUUAGGAAUGCACGUGCGCACUCGGCCAGUCCUGCAAGAUCUGCACGCUUUGCCCUUGGCCCAGAUCAACUGGUUAUUAGGCACGAGCCGCCUCCGAGAUCAGUCUCGCCCCGAAAGUCGGCUAUGAAACACUCGGCCAGUCCGUCGCGCGGUGCCUCACCUUCAGAUGACGGUUCUGAAGCUUCAGGGCCAAGUCGGUUUGGCAGCGAGGCUACUGCUGUGGAGGCACCGAUGCCACGUAAAAAGAGUGUGCGGGUCAGUUUUGACGAUGAGAACACCAAGGUCAUGGGACAACCUGCCCCGAAACCGGACCUCGACUCGCCAGCUCCUUCUAGUCCACAGCAGGCCAAACGGCAUUGGUAUAACCACCUGGGUAGGAACAGGAAGAAGGAUGUGGUAGCUCUUGAUGACGAUGAAGUGAUGAAGCCUCGGCCAGCUCUACCCUCGUUUGGCAGCGUUCGCGAGAAGAAGCCAAGAGAUUCUGAGGAAGAGCGACCCCUUGUCCGACCUCUCGAGUCCCCUUCGCCAUCCGGACCUGAUACACCUGAACGCAACCAAGACCGGCCAGUCCCGAACGGCCAGUCUAUCGAUCACAAUGUUGGUGCGAUACUCAGCCAGGAACAAACGGCCAGAAAUGCUGCGAACAUAUCAAGGUUCAGGGAGCCGUUGCCGCCCGUAGUCACGUCCUUAGAAGGUAACGGGUACUACUCUUCCAGCAGCACAACUAGUUCGGACGCCGAGGAUGGAGAGGAAGUUUUCCAAGACUCAGAAGUUGUUCAGGAGCCUGAAACUACUUUGUCCCCUGAACAGGUCAAGCACGAGAUUAUAGCUGCUCAUUCUGAGUUGGUCGACGAUACUCUCGCUGCAUCGAGAUCGACGGCGCCAGUCCUUGACAACAGCAAGAGCAAUAAUCGCAGGGACGAGGAUGUUCCUUUGAUAUCCGUCAUACAACCAACUCCAAUUCCGAAGGAGAUGGGGGCUAAUGGCUCUGCCAGCUUGUCAGAGCAAGGUUACUUCGAUGUUCCUGGAGGCUUUCCGGAGGACGAGAGCGAGGACAACGUUUCUCGUCGUACCCAGCCUGAAAUGGCCACGGCGUUGAACAAUCAACCAGCACAGACGACAGUAUCCAAUGGUGUAAACCAUUCUGCCAAACCCGAUCACCACCCAGGCCCUAUGGCAGAGUCUGAGUCAGAGGGUGAAAGUAUCUACAGUGACGCCUAUGAAGACCUCUCAGACGUCGACGGUGAUGGCUUCAUGUCUUUGAACGCUGUCGUCGCGUCGCCCGUUUCUGAUAAACUCUCUCACAAGCUUUACCAGAAGGCCAUGGCAAACCCAUCUCAGCAGACGCCCGAAGACUCUCAUGUCACGUCCGAAAACGUACUUGGUUCAACACAACCUUCCGCCAGUUCUCAGCAGCAACCUGAAGAUGACUGGGAGAAGGCUAAACUUUACUGGAGGGGACUGACAAGCGACAAGCGUAAGCAGCUGGAACAGGAAGCUCUAGAGGAGGCUGGGGCUGAAGGAGACCUCGAAGAGGUUGUCCAGCCUGUAAAAGUCAAGAGAAAGAAGUCUGUUCGAAAAAGCGACCCAGCUACACAACAGCAGGCAUCUGUCAAUCCAGAGCGGGUCUAUCAGAUUCAGCCCGGAACGAGAGCCAUCGACGAAGAAGAUGAAGAACCUCCCGCGACCAUGCGAAAGACUUUUCGAGGUCGACAGGGCCAAGAAACUGUAUCUACAAACGGAAAACUUCAGAAGACGAUGCGUGGCGGGCAAGCCCAAGCAUCGGCAAUAUCUGGCACAGGCAUGCGAAGGACACUACGAUCUGACACCUCGGGUUCCCAGAGUGCUCAACUAUCACAACCUGCUACUUCGGGUGGCAUGAAGAAGUCUCUGAGGCAGAACGGCUCUUCACCUCACGCAGGGUUCGCACCGCAACCUCGGGCGAACCCAGCAGUAGGCAGCCGGCCGGUCUCUCUCCAAGGCCCGCCUUCAAGCCAAGACACUCGGGCGAAGCACCUUUCAAUGGAUAACUCAAUGUCUAGUGUAGAGAUGGCGAAGGCAAUGCAAGCGACUCUCCGUCGUCGUGCAUCCGAUUCUAGCGAAAGCAGCUUUCGACGGGCCCGACCCAAGCAGGAGGGCUUCGGUUUCCGCAAAUCUAUGAGAACCAACACGGAGACCGACUCGCCGACAGCCGGCAGAAACUCGCGAUUCAGCCUCCGGUCGAUGUCUCCCCCAGCGUCACCCGUCUCGCCGCCGGUCAGCAUGGGCAACCGGACGACUAUUCGCAGCACAUUGCGCAGCGACUCCAGCGAUGGAAGCACGAAGCGCAUGCGCCUGCCCACUUUCGGAAAGUCGUCGUCCAAGAAGGCUGCUAGUAAGCCUGGCAAGAGCCGGUUUGGAGACUCAAGCGACGAGGAGGAUGCUGGACAAUCCGGAUUCCGCAGCCGCUUUGCCGAAUCUAGUGAUGAAGAUGAAAGACCACUUCCUGCACCUGCUGCUCACAGCAUGCCUAAGAGCAUGCGCGCGUCGAGUUCCGCCGCCGCCGCGGCCAUGAAGGUCCCUCCUCCUCGCCAUGACGAGAAGGCGGAAGACUCGCCGGACCUGCCUGACAGCAGCGAUGAAGAGGUUGUGCCACCGCCAGUACAGCAAAAGCCCGUCUCGCCAAGAAAGGUCUCAGGCGCUAAUGGUCGCCUUGUGAAGGCUCAAUCGGACGGGCAUGGGCUACACCGUUCUGGGUCUGGGCGAGGUGCGCUCGUCGAGACGUCUACAACGCCAUCUAUGGGUACCCAAGUGAUGUCCAGGCCGGGCAGUCAUCAACGCCGAGGCAGUCUCCUUUCCGUCCUCCGACGCAAGAAGGAUAAUGAAGUCGGCAAGAUCUCGCGGCCCCCCGCCGGCGAGAGUGGCGCUAGAAUGGACACCAAACUCGAACGCAGCGUCUCCGAGAUCUCGGCCAUCCGCGGGACAACCACGUUGCCGAAGGUACAGAAGCAGGCGACCCACGAUAACUGGCCACUCGUCGAGGCGAUUGACGACGAGAAGCGGCCCGUGACAGCAGACAACCACAAACCGAUGGACGCGUCGAGGCCGGUGUUUAUGAAGCGCCGAAGCACCAACCAGGUGCUCACUUCGGGCCUGCCCGAUGACCGAGAGGGCAGUGUCCAACUGGACGGCUCCGGCAAGAAAAAGAAGAAGUUUGGCACGCUCCGGCGGAUGUUCAAGCUGGACGACUAG